GGAUCGGAUCAUAGUGAAAAAGGACAGGGUUGCUUGGCAGCCAUAGGGCAAAACGGAGUAGCACUAUUAUCGCUGGGACAAGGAUGUGAUUCAGUCAGUAUUGCCGCUCAUGAGAUCGGCCAUGCACUUGGACUGUACCACACUAUGUCCAGGCACGAUCGUGAUCAGUUCAUUAUAGUGGACAUGGCAAAUGUUGAGCCUUACUACCGUAACCAACUAUUGCACCACAACUAUGCACAAACAUUUGGUUUGCCCUACGAUUACGGCAGUAUUAUGCACUACAGCGGAUCAAGACUCAGCGGAAAGAGUCUGACAUAUGCCUCACAAGAGCACUGUCGGCACGGUCUGCACGAACUGCACUGA